UCUAGAACACCUACGAUCAUAUCUAGGUAUAUAUUCUCGUUCUAUGGUUUGGUAUCAGCGUGCGCUACUCUAUUUCUACCUCUUGCUGUGGAUCUCGGCCACAUGUAUGUCUCAGUAGCUCGAAUGCUUCAGGGUUUCUCAAUAGCCAUAGCUUUUGUAACUGUUGGUGCAAUCACAUCACACUGGUCAGCUCAUCGUGAAUCAGGAACUUAUAUAGCAAUGCUAUCAUCCGCAGCCCAAGUAAGCAAAAAUCCAUGCAUGCAUUAUGAAUAUCCGGCUUACGCGCUCAGCACAGCCGAAGGAGACGGUCCACUGCUGAAUGAUGGUGCCACUGCGACUCGUAGGCAAAAUUUUCGUUUGCUCUCAUCUGUACUAACUCUGCCAGUCGCUGGCGCUUUCUGUGAAUCUUCAUUGGGUUGGAGAUAUCUAUACUAUACUUUCGGAGCAAUUGGACUGCUUUUGUCUUUGAUGUUCUUUAUUUUCUAUAAAGAUGAUCCACGAAAGCACAGAAUGGUCAGCUCUAAAGAACUUUCAACAAUCACGCUUGGUAAAGAUGACGUACCCUCUACGAAGGAACCAGUACCAUACAAGGCAAUACUUAAGGACCACUGUAUGCAAGCAGUGUUACUAACAACAUUUAGUGGGAACACUGCCUUCUUCAUCUUCCUACAAUUUGGCCCAACUUUCAUGAAUAUGGCGCUCAACUUUGAUGUUACGGAGACGGGAUUCGUUACGGCACUACCUUAUGCGCUAUGUUUAGUGUUGAAAUUCGUGGCUGGACCACUUUUCGACUUAGCCACAUUUAUACCUGAAAAAUAUCGAAUGAUUAUGUUCGCUUCAAUUUCACAAGGCUUUAUGUCUAUAUGCUUCUGCAUUUUGUCUCAAACUAGAAACAAAUUGAUAGCUCAAAUUGCUUACAGUGGAGCGGUUGCCUGCAAUGGUUUGAAUAUCGUCGGCUCUAUCAAAUGUGCUCAAGUGGUGGCCAGGCAACAUGUUCACUUUGUCAUCGUUUGUAUAACUUUAUUUGGAACUAUUAUUAGUUUUAUUUUACCUGUACUUGUUACAAUUCUUUGUCCCAAUAAUACCGUCGAUGAGUGGUCACGGCUAUUUCUUGGUGUAAGCGGAUUUGUUAUAAUAACUAACAUUCCAUUCUUAUUCCUUGCGAGGGGAGAACCCGCUCCGUGGACGAAAUCAAUUCCCAAAUAUAGUGCCAAUCUUGAACAGGGAUUCAGAAGAAUUACGGAUGAUGAAAAAUUCCCACAAGAUCAGAAAUAUCCGUCUGAAGUGAAGUUUUCUUGA